CGGAGCGCUUUGUCUGGCUUGACUCGGUGGCGGAUGAUGGCUCGGCGCUGGAUCGUCCCGCUGCUGCUGACCGUGUGCCUCCCCGCUGCCGUCCUCUCCUUCAGCCACCUGAGCUCCAACCUGUGUAAGUGGUGUGAAGCUUCCAGUCCGCUGUGUAAAGACAACAUCUGCCUCAGCAACUGCUCGCUGUCCUCCUUCUGCACCGCCACCGAGGAGAUCUGCAUCGCCAUAUGGAGGAAGAUCAAUGAGACCAUGACGGUCCAGACGAUGUGUCACCACCCCGCUCUGCCACUGGAGGGCGUCGACCCCAGCCUGCUGCUGAACUCCACCUCCAGAGAGUGUCACAUGGUUCCUCAGCCUGCAGAGGAAGGCGCCAUGCAGGUCUGCAGCUGUCAGGGUGAACACGAAUGUAACGACAAACUCAUCUUCGACAAGGGACCCAACGGUUUCUCCAAGCUUCAGAGUAAAGAUGUGAUCCCGGUGGUGGUGGUCAGCUUGGUGCCCCCCAUCCUGGUGGCUCUCGUCGCCACCGCCACCUUCUACCUCUAUCGCACACGCCACCCCGGCAAGCCCGGCCCGCCGUCACGCCCCGACUGGCCCACCAAACGCACCACGGACCGCUACCACGCCUUGGACCUGGCCCGGCGGGAGGGAGGAGGAGGCGUGAUGAUGCCUGAGCUCGAGAGGGAGGAGUCCAACACCAAGCUGCCAUCUCCUGCUCAUGACAUCAUCAGUGACAUACUGGAGGGACAGGGCCAAAUGGCAGAACCGCUGCCAAUCAAACUGGAGGCCUUGGUGGGGAAGGGGCGCUUUGCAGAGGUGUGGAGGGGCCGCCUGCUGCACGGGGAGAAGGGCGGAGUUAGCAGCUAUGAAACGGUGGCGGUCAAAGUGUUUCCGGCUGUGGAGUACGCCUCAUGGAGAAACGAGCGCUCCAUCUUCUCCGACCCCAAGCUGGAGCACGACAACGUGGUUCGAUUCCUGGCUGCGGAGGAGAGGGGCCCGCCCGGCCACGCCCUCAGGAAGUACUGGCUGGUUUUGGCCUAUUACAGCCUCGGGAAUCUGCAGGACUUCCUCUCUGCCAACAUACUGAGCUGGGAGGAGCUUGUUGCCAUGGCAGGCAGCAUCGCAAGGGGGCUGGCUCAUCUCCAUAGCGACACAACAGUAAACAGGGUGCCCAAGGUGCCGGUCGCCCAUCGGGACCUGAAGAGCAGCAACAUCGUGGUGAAGAGCAGGAGGGAGUGCGCGCUGUGUGACUUUGGGCUGGCGUUAAGGCUGGACCUCUCACUCACCGUCGACGACUACGCCAACAGUGGACAGGUGGGAACGGCUCGCUACAUGGCACCUGAGGUGCUGGAGUCCAGGGUGAACCUGGAGGACCUGGAGGCCUUCAAACAGAUGGACGUUUACUCCAUGGCUCUGGUCCUGUGGGAGAUGGCCUCUCGCUGUCAUGCCAUAGGAGAGGUGAAGAGCUACGAGCCGGCGUUUGGCUCCCGGGUGUGUGAGCAGCCCUGUGUGGACAGCAUGAGGGACCUGGUGCUGAGGGACAGAGGCAGGCCGGACAUCCCCACUACGUGGACGCAGCACCAGGGGAUGAAUGUUUUUUGUGCCACCAUCACUGAGUGCUGGGAUCACGACCCCGAGGCCCGGCUGACCGCUCACUGUGUGGUGGAGCGUUUCAACGCCCUGCAGCAGGAGGAGGAGGAGAAGGAGGAGGAGGAGGAGGAGGAGGAGGAAGGAAGACCGGAGGAGAGGCGGGGAGAACAGGAGGAAGAGGAGGAGGACGGACGAGCAGCGGAUGGUGAGGGAGAGGAGGAGCAGGAAAAAGACUUGGAGACGACAAACAACGGAGAGCCAGACGUAGAGAGAGGAGAUACCGGGGAUUCCCAUGAUCCCCUGGUGUACCGCGGCUCUGCGGUGUGA